UCCGGAAUCGCGGCUUGAACGCAGUCGGUGUCCGGUCGUCCGGGAACGCUCGAAUUGCGAAGGUAAACGCGGUGGUAACCGCGUUCUGGAACUCGACCCUCCAGUGGACAGUUAAAAAGUGACACUCGUGACACUGUGCGACACGAAACGCGAGAAUUCUCUUCAUCGAUCCUCCAUCGAUCCUCUUCACCGGCCGUUUCACUUCUCCUUUUCACCUUCUCUUUGUUCACCGCUCCCGAGCAUCCUCGUGGCUCUGCCCGUGAUCGCGUGCACCGUCGUGCAUCAGUGACCCCUGGCUUGGUUCGAACAGUUCCCUCGAGGUGACGUCGUUCCAGCCUAAGAAGGGAUCCACGGGACCUGACCUCGACGAGGACCUGGUACCGCGAAUUCCGGGAAGGGAGCGUCUCCCAGAGAACCAAGGAACAACAAUCUAAUCCGCGGUGCAAAAUGAGGGUAGCUCAUUCUCUUCGAACGGGACUCUAACGCUAUCUCAAGAUGUACGCCGAGUGGCAAAAGGGUGAAUUGGUGUGGUUCGAUCCUGGUGUCGGCCACGUGUUGCCGGGUGAAGUUUUGGAGUAUCACAGAGCCGCGAACGUCCUCUCUGUCCAAGCGGUGAUCGCUGGCAAGCCUCAAAUCUUCACCCUCACUAAUUUGAGUGGCGUGAAACCGAGGCAGGAUCUUGGACAAAAUGGAAUCGAGGACAUGAUACAGUUAAACGACCUCAACGAGGCAUCUUUAUUAUGGAACUUGAAGAUUAGAUACGACAAGGAAUUAAUAUACACAUACACAGGAAGCAUAUUAGUGGCGGUGAAUCCAUACAAAAUGUUUGACAUUUAUGGCUUGGACCAAGUGAAACUGUACGAAGGGCGGAUACUCGGGACAUUGCCACCACACCUGUUUGCCGUGGGCUCGUCUGCGUACAGUCAAGUAACCGCUGCAAAUAACGCCAGCGCGAAUCAGGUGGUCGUCAUUUCCGGCGAAUCCGGUUCAGGAAAAACGGAGUCCACGAAACUCGUAAUGCAAUAUCUAGCGGCGGUUAAUCGAGCGCCGAACAACCUGGUCACCGAACAGAUACUCGAGGCGACGCCAUUGUUGGAAAGCUUCGGGAACGCGAAAACGCCACGAAACGAUAACAGCAGUCGAUUCGGGAAAUACCUGGAAGUUUACUUCAGAGACGGAGUCAUCGUCGGUGGAAGGAUCACUCAGUACCUCCUAGAGAAAAGUAGAAUAGUCACCCAAGCGUCAGAGGAGAGGAAUUACCACGUGUUCUACGAGCUCCUAGCUGGCCUCGACCAGCAACUCAGGGAUAAAUACGGGUUGCUCACGCCAGACAAGUACUUUUACUUGAACCAGGGUGGGAACUGCGAGAUCGAUGGCAAAAGCGACACUCAGGACUUCAAAGCCCUGUUAUCCGCCAUGCAAGUGUUGGGGUUCACGUCCGAGGAGCAGGACACGAUAUUCAAGAUACUCGCCAGCGUGUUGCACCUGGGGAACGUGUAUUUCCAUCGUAAGCAAAUGAGGCACGGCCAGGAGGGCGUGGAAGUUGGCUCUGACGCGGAGAUCCGUUGGGCAGCUCAUCUACUUCAAGUCAACUCCGACGGGAUCAUCAGGGCACUCACGACCAAAACAACAGAGGCAAGAAACGAGAGAGUCUUCACUGCGUUGAAUAUCGAUCAGGCUCUGGAUGCCAGGGAUGCCUUCGCGAAAGCUCUGUACAGUUCUCUGUUCUCCUGGUUGGUCGCUCGCGUUAAUCAUAUCGUCUACAAAGGAACCAAACAGACGGCCGCCAUUUCGAUUCUCGAUAUAUUCGGCUUUGAGAAUUUCACGGAGAACAGCCUGGAACAGCUGUGCAUCAAUUAUGCGAACGAGAACCUCCAGUUCUACUUCAACAAGCAUAUCUUCAAGUUGGAGCAGCAGGAGUACGCCAAGGAAAAAAUCGAUUGGACGACUAUCAAUUAUACCGACAAUCUGCCAGUGAUACAUCUCAUCGCAAAGAAGCCAGUCGGUAUACUUCACCUGCUGGAUGACGAGAGCAAUUUUCCCAAAGCUACGGAUCUCUCGUUCCUGGAAAAAUGCCAUUACAAUCACGCCUUGAGCGAACUGUACUCGAGACCAAGAAUGAAUUCAGCCGAGUUCGCCAUUAAACACUAUGCUGGUCAGGUUUGGUAUAACGUCGAAGGUUUCUUGGACAAGAAUAGAGACACGUUGAGACCGGAUGUAGUGGAAUUAUUAAUAAGCAGCAAAAUAUCCAUGGUCAGUAAAAUGUUCCAGCAUGUAAGGACAACUCACGAGGCUAACAAAACUAUGAAUAAACCCAAUGGUAGAUUCGUCACCAUGAAACCGAGAACGCCAACAGUGUCUGCGCGGUUCCAUGACAGCUUACAGCAACUCUUGGAUUCGAUGUCUCAAUGCAAUCCGUGGUUCGUGCGAUGCAUCAAGCCAAACACGGAGAAGGCGCCAAUGAAAUUCGACAUGCCAUGCGUUCUCGAGCAGCUGCGCUACACAGGAAUGUUGGAGACGAUACGCAUUCGAAAGACUGGUUACCCCGUUCGACUCGGUUUCGGACACUUCGUGGACCGAUACAGAUACCUCGUUUCCACGCAUUUGCCCAGAGGAGCGCCCAACAAGGAGCUUUGUCGCAUAAUUUUGGACAAAGCUGCACCGAAGGAGGCUCAGUCUCAAUACCAGCUGGGGCUCACCAGAGUGUUCUUGAGAGAAUCAUUGGAAAGGACUCUGGAGUACAAUAGAGCACUGAUUUUGGAAAGGGCAGCUAUAACGGUUCAGAGAUACACCAGAGGAUUUCUUGCAAGAAGGAGAUUCCUCAAUAUCUCACGAAGUACGGUGCUAAUCCAAGCCGUUUAUCGCGGGUAUCGCGAAAGGAAAAAGUUCAGAGCGCUGAAAAAGGCGACACUCAUGGCACAGAAGAUAUACAGGGGGAAGAAACAGCGCGAGAGGUUUAGUGUUCUGAAGGAGGAGAUGGCGAAGAGAGCAGAAAUCGAGAGGGCAAGCAAGGAACGAGCAAAAGCGAAGCAGCAACGAGAGGAACAGGAGAGAACUUCGAGAGCUGUGGCUGGUGUCAAUCAUUUAGAAAUCCCUGCUGAACUUGCGUUCAUCUAUAGCAAACUUGACGACUGGCAGCCAACGCACACCGAAAGGAAUCUACUGAAAGUCGUCGGUCAGGUGAUACCCAUGCAUCACAAUUACGGCCUGCCGCCUGACAUUGACCAGCAUCAGUUCUCAAAGUUCACGAAUAUCUACUUCAAGAGCCACAUCUUCGGCAUGAAACGGGAACCGAUCAAAACACCUUUUCUGGCGAAGGCUCGAGACCAAGAUUACACGGACUCGUUGAUGAUCUUCAAGAUGAUCUUGCGCUUCAUGAACGAGAAUAAUUUAAGUGGCAAGAGGGAGCAGGCUCUGGGCGAUUACAUCGUGAACAAAGGGAUCGUCAAUGAAAAAUUGAGGGACGAAGUUCUGUGCCAACUCGCAAAUCAAACUUGGAAAAACGAGAACGACGCGAACAAAGAGAGAGGCUGGUUAUUGUUAUCGAAUUGUUUGUCAGCUUUCCAGCCUAGUCCGACUCUGUUCAAGUAUUUCCUCAAGUAUGUAUCCGAUCACGCGUACGACGGUUACAAAGCCUACUGUCAGAGGAAGCUUCUGCAGGGGGAGAGAACGAUAUUCAGGAUAAUGAACAACAAUCAACAAAUCGUUCAGCACGUGCCGAGAAAUUACCCGCCAUGCGUGUUGGAAUGGAGAGCGAACAGAAAUCGCGUUAACAUGGCGCUAAGCGUGGGAUUCUACGACGGUGAGACAGUUACCUGUGCGGUGGAUUCGUGGACGACGUGCGAAGAAUUGGCCAACCUCGCCGUUCACAAUCACGGCGUCGACAAUUCUGGCUGGACCAUCACUCUGUGGAAUCAGUUGGACGGUCCAGAUGCCAUCGUGACGGAAACCAAUGGUUUCGAUUACGUUCUUGAUCUGAUCUCCGAGAUGGAACUAGCUCCAGCCUUCCCAGCUGCUAAACACAUGUUCCUAGAACAGCGAAAGAACAGUUUCCCUCCUAUUAAAAAGAGAGAGCACACGCAGAUCAUUCGAGAGUUAGAGCAGGAAAUAGAGCCACCGGUUCUGAAGACAUUCCAACCUCUAGAACGAAAAUCAGUGCCGAAGCCUGUGGACAAACCUGUCGAACCGGAAAUUCAGUCGCCUAGACGACCUGUCGUUCCUCCGCCGCAGCCACCUGUGGCGAAGCCAUCGGCGAGGAAGCAAUCCCACGAGGCUAUGCUAGAAACAACAAUGGAGACUGGUCUAUCGCGGAAAUCAGCCCUGAACGACAGAUACUUCGAGAACGAGAAGCAACGCAGUCGUAGUCUGGAUAACCUGCUUCAACCGGAAGUGGUGCCGUCCCCAGUAAAACUGGCGAACCUUGGAUUAUCGUCGUCGAAACUGAACGAACGGUACCAUAGUCUCGAAAGGAUUGGAGAAACAUCCGCGGUUAGCAAUGUCGAGUACAUGACGAGGAACGAAAUCGCCCAAGAGAGAAAGUACAGCAGGAUAACGAGGACAACGGAACCAAACAUCGAGGAAGAAGACUUAACGAUCGACUUCGAGUAUCCCGAUAUUCAGUCGGUCAGUCAAACCGGAAGAUCGGAAGAUGACAAGAGCAGCUACAUCAGGUCUCAAACUAGGUUCAUCAAAUCGCAAUAUCCUAGUAAACGAGCACUGCCAGGUAGUCAAUCGAGUCGCGCCUACAUCGAAAAGAGCGAGUACGGCGUGAAAUCCUCCGCCAUGUCUGACACGAGCGAAGCACCUUCCCUGGCGUCGCACGUGAGACGAGUUAGGGUGCCUAGUCAAGCUUCGGACGUGGAUCAGUUCCUGGACGAGUUGUUCAUGCCGGUUCUGGACGGAAAUUUGGACGAACUGUCGGACGCCAGGAGUCUGGCGGCUAGCAUCAAGGGCACAAGAGACGAUAGGUCUCAGAGCGAUGCUGUGAUCCUGGAAACUAUGAGAAACAAUGACAUCGAGGAUCAGAAUGACAGAGGGAGGAUAGAAACAGUCGACGACUUCAUGGAAAUGAUGCUGAAGGGGUCUGAGACUGAAACGAUCACGGCGAAGGAGUUAUUAAAGAAGAUCAAAGGAGGAGGCAACAUGGACAUACCUAAUCAGAAUGCGAAUUUUAACUUUGGCGCCAUGACACCUGGCAUGAUGUCACCGCCUAUGAUGAUGCCAAUGUUCAGUUCACCGCAACAAGUGCCUCCUGUGCAAAGUAACAGUAUGAACAUGGGGCAAGGUUUCAUGCCAAUACCGAUAUACAGCAUGCAAGGGCUCAGUCUUCCUCAGUAUCCCAAUUCACCGCCGAAUCAAAACAACGAUAUGAUGGCUUAUCAGCAGAACCUGCAGAGAGCAUUCUUGCAGAGUGCCAUGGCGCAGAAUAUACAAAUUCAGCAGCAACUGUUGGCGCAGAAUCAGGCUCUUCAGCAACUGCUCGUGCAGAGCCCUCAAAACUCUAACCAACAACCGGGCACGGUGGUGUCCGCAGGCCCCUCCAGUAUGAAUCUUGUCCCCCCAGCCCCCCCAAACGGUGCCCAAAUGGGGCCCAAUGAUUCUAUUGGACGCUACUCCAAGGUAUCAUUCAGGGAACCAGAGGACGCUGAACUUUGGUCAACGGAGAAACAAGUUACGCAAGUUAAAGCAGCGACGAACAGUCAGCGUCAAGAAGUGACAGUUAAAGCUCAGAUCCAUCGAUCUCAGAGCCCACCCAGGAAGAACUCUGAGAUCGUUAGGAAGACUAGCGUCGAGUAUGCAGUUAGAAAGAUUAGCGUCGAUAGAAAAGCGGCCGACAAGAAAUCAUCCGGUCCGACUGAUGCUAAAAGGACGAAUUCCAAUAAAAAUAACGUGCAAAGUAACUUCACGAACGUUCUGAGCGAGUUGAAGAAUCGUAAGAGCAGCGUGGAUAGCAAUUUGUCCAGUUCGAGUAACAACAAGGGUGUGCCACCCCCACCACCGAUGCCACCACCCUUGGAGUCGCACGAUCCUUCAGAGUCGAGACCAUUCCUUGAUCCUUACGGAAGGGCGAAAACGGUUCGAAUUGGCAAAUGGAGAUGGCCACCACCGAGUGACUCGAACGAGAAUCAAAGCCAAGACAGUUUCAUAGAGUUCAAAAUGCGCCAGCAGCACCAGCAACGUAAGAUUACGCCACAAUAUCAAGAAUACAAUCAGGGCGACGGGGAGCAGAGCACAGAAGGAGUAGUCGAAUGGGAAGAGUUCGAGAUUGAAAAUAUCGUUGGAAACGAGGAGAGGACGAUAAUGGCCCACGCGUCAGUUUCCGUGACUAAACACGAAAAUGGUUAUAAAGAGGAAGGGGAGAAGAAAAAGAAGAAGUCAAAGUCCGCGUUAGAAGUGGGCGCGCAGAGGCCAUCCCCAGGUAGCAUUGGAAAAUUGAAACUCAGUUCGGAGAUGCGACAAAGAUUAGAAAAGGUGACGGCGAAUCACAGCGUUAGAUCUACGAAAACUACUGAAAAACCAGCUCUUCCAAGGGAAGACGGUAAAGUGAAGCGUUUGGAGGACAACAGGAAGCUUCUUCUUGAGCAACAAUUAGGAGGCCGAUGGGACGAUUACGCGUCUACGGCUGACGACACACAAAGCGUUACUUCGAAAGGCACGACCGAUAUGAUGACUCAAGCUCAAGUAGUCAGAACGCAAAUCGAAAGGAUGGAGAGGCCUGUACCACCUCCGCUUCCGGUGACCCCACCACAACCCCCUAGUCCAAGAGGCGGAAGCAUGUACAGUAAUAGUCAAUCAGGUGUACCACAGCCAAGGUCGCCGCCAGCCCCGAUCGAACCAAAAGCUCGAGACUCCUUCAGAACGUCGCCAGACUCGGAGACCUUCGAGCAUUUCUCCAAGAGCCAGCGCGACAUGUUCAGCCACAGUCGGGAUAUAUUCGCGUCCCAGCAGCAUUUGCGAGAGAGUCACGAAUACAGAAACGAUUUCGAUAAAUCUCGCUCGCAGGAUCAGAAAUCCAAAGACUUCUAUGGAAAGGACAGCACGGACAUGGCCAGUUCCGCCAGAGACAGAAGCUCGGACUUCGAUUCCCGUCGCGACUUUAAUUCCGACAUUUUCGAUCCAAAGUACACCAGGGAUAUCUUUGAGAACUCAAGUUCGAAGAGGGACCCGUUCGGGAUGACAAGGGAUGUCUCGCCGAAGUCCAGAGACAGCUUUGGCAUGCCAUCGCCUCGAGACUUCGGUGUGAUGCCUAACACGAGAGAGUCCUUCGCGGCUGCUCGUCAGGGUUUCAAGAAACUGGAUCGCGAAUCUGAUAGGAGGUCCAGCGUCGCAUCGACCAAUCGCACCGAUAAGAUGGAGAGAAUCGAAAUCGAAGAAUGGCCCGAGUUUCUCAGGCCAGUCCUGCCGCCAGCGGAGAAGCCAGAGAUCGAGAAGGUCCAAGAGGUGAUGAACACGAAGCUGUAUCCUCAAACCUCCACGGCACACUUCACGUACAACAGAGUGACGUGGACUUUGAGGGUGAAGAAAGAAGUGUUCGCACCGAACGAAACAUUGAACAGUCCUCUGGCGCUUCACUUGGUGUUCUGUCAGGUAGCUUACGACGUCCUCGCUACGUCCAGCAUCAGGAUCACUAAGGACGACAGGCAGAACAUGCUGAAGAUGCUGGACAAUUAUGGUAUCACCUUGGACAACCUGCAGAGCACCCAGCACAAGAUCACGAUCAAGAAGAACGUCGUCGAUAUGGCGAAACAGUGGCCUCUUUAUUUUGCUAGGAUAUUUCCAGUGUCGAUCGGGCCUCAACAUCCAGAAACUCAGCACGUGGCAGUUUCCCAUCACGGUCUUCGACUAAUCAAACGUACUCCGAACGGCGACCUAGUCAUCCUGGAGACUCUAUCUCUGGAAGACAUCGUUUCUGUGAGUUCUCCCCGUGUUGGUGUGUGUGUCAUGCAAAUUUCGUCUGGAGUCAGGCUACCGUUGCACACUAAUCGAGCGCCACAGUUGACAGAAAUGAUCGGCACCUACAUCAGACUGAUCGAACAGAAGCCGCUGCACAAGCCGAACCAUCACGAGAAUCACGUGUCCCAGAUCACGAAAUCGAUCCAGUCGCAGGCGAAUCACGGUUCUCUGAAUCACGUCCAGUCCCACGGUCAGUCUAAUCACGUUAUCUCGAAUCACGAGAACCACGUGUCCGCGAGUCGUGUGCCUAACCACGUGUCGGCGGCGAACCAGACGAACCAUCAGAAAAACCAGCAGAACCAGCGGCUCAGCCCUAACCAGGAAUGGCGGCAACCGGAAGACAACGGCAGGUUGCAAGAAGAUGGUAUCUACGAGAGCGGACCGGUGGUCAACGAUGGAAAACACUCUCUUUUGCAGUAUGCCAUGCUGAAUUUCAGGCAAAGCACGGAGAAGUUCGAGAUGCUGAAGACUGCCGACGGGUCCAUAAGUGGCUCGUUGAAAGUCAUCGAGUCGUUGAAGAGCAAAAAGAAGAACAAGAAGAGCAAAGGUCAACAGGACGGCGCGGAAUGGACCUGGAAGGAGCAAGUGGACCUCGUCAAGUACUCACCUGUGCCUAUCGAGCAAAGUCUUUUGAGGCUGGAUGCGGAUCUGAGCGCCUUAGCUGUGGAGUGUUUCGUGUGUCUCAUGAGGUACAUGGGCGAUCAACCGUUGCCUCCAGACACCAGCGAAGUCAAGUGUGUUUACACUAUUUUGAUGCACUGUCACAAGUACGAACACCUGCGAGACGAGGUCUAUUGCCAACUGAUGAAGCAGACCACGAACAAUAAGAGCCCGAAUCCCGAUAGCUGUCAGCGGGGUUGGAGGAUCUUCAGCAUCGUCGCUGCCUAUUUCACUUGCAGCGACGGUCUGAGGCCUUACCUCACCAAAUAUCUCGAAACGGCGGCGUACGACAAACGAAGAGCUUAUCACGGGACUGCCACGGUGUGCCUGCAAAACCUCAGGAAGACUGUUAAAUAUGGCGGGAGGAAGAACGUGCCCAGCGUUGAUGAGAUUAUGGCGAUCAGUGCUGGCAGAAACGCGAAGAGACAGAUUUACCGACUGCCAGGUGGAACGGAGAGGGUUAUCAACACGAAAUGUACCACGGUAGUGCAGGACGUUAUCGAGGAGAUGUGUAAUGUAAUAUCCGUAAGACAUCCUCACGAAAUGGAUGAAUUCUCGUUAUACUGCAUCGUCGACGGUGAUGCGUUCACCAUGCCAUUAGCUAGAGACGAAUAUGUGCUGGAUGUUACGACGGAACUCUACAAGAAUCAUCAAGUCUUCUACUUAAUAUUCUGCAGAUCCGUGUGGUACUACCCUCUUAGACUGGACGCUCCACUGUACAUAGAAGUAGUGUUCAACCAAAUCGCUCCGGACUACUUGGAGGGUCUCCUCCUGGUUCUACCCGGAGAGCAUUUACCUCAAGAAGUCGUGUACGACAUGGCGCAGAUAGCAGCCCUUCUCCACAGAGCAGCAGACAUGGCGCACGAACCAACCACCAAGGAAAUUAAAUAUCUACUACCGAAGCCAGUGCUCAGUUUACGGGAGCCACGGCCUCAACAAUGGGCAAACAUGGUCCAGCAGGCAUGGAACAAUGUACAGCAUACCGCGGUGGCUGCCUGUAAAGCACAGGUUCUUGAAAUUUUGUGGAAGUGGCCGUUAUUUGGAUCUAGCUUCUUCGCCGUGAAAAAAGUGCCUGAAGGAAAGGAAAAGGGUGGCGAUCACAUACUGGCCCUCAAUAGACAUGGAGUGCACUUCAUUGAUCUAAUCACUCACGAGACGCUGCACCACUAUCCCUACUCCGAGGUGAUCUCCACCCGAAAAGUGAAGUCCGAGGAAGGAACCCUCUAUCUGGACAUGAAAUGCGGCAAUCUGAUGCAGCAACGUAUCACCAGGCUUCAGACGGAGCAAGCUCACGAAAUCUCGCGACUGAUUAGACAAUACAUCACCAUGGAACAAAGGGCGACCAACAACCAGGGCGCUGCUAUUGGGUUCGGCAUGAGAUAA